CCGAUCGGCCCGAGCAGAUCGUCCGACCGAUAUCACCGAUUGUUUGUUUUAUCAAUUAAAACAGCUGUUGAUGUGUGACUGUAGGCGGCCGAUGCGGACGAUGUGCUCGCGGCUGUGACAGUGUGAUACCCGCGCGCGCGCCCCGGACGGCCGAGUGUUGUUGGACUGUGAUCUUAGUUUGUUGUUAGACAUGUGGUGUGAUUUGUGAUCUACGGUUCAGUUUUAGUGAUGACCGCCACCGGUUCCUGCUAGACUGUCCCUCUAUAUAAGAUAUGGACAUGACGAUGACAGAGUCUCCCCACCGCAGUUGGUAUGAUAGCGCUGUGACUGCCCGCGAGGAGGGCGACUCCCAGCUGAGUGUGGCAGAGCACAUGUCUUCGUUGUUCGCUCACCACCACGCCGCAGCAGCCUCCCUAGAGCCUGCAGCUAGCCGCGACUACCCCGGUUACCGCGCUGCUACCGUCACCAUGACCAGCCGCUACUACCACGGCCAGCUGCACCAACACGCCUCCUCCUACGCUGCUCAGCACGCGGCCGCGCGCCAGGUGUGCAGGCCACACUUCAGUCACCACAGUCCACUGCACCCCUGGAUAGGUGGCUCAGACAGCAAGCAGCUCACGUACCCUCAGAACGGAACCUCCUCCUCGGGCUCGUCCUGGUGUACGCCGUUCAACGCCGUCCAGUCCAACUCCGAGGAGGCGCCGGUCAAGUCACCCCAGAACCCGUCGCUGUCCUCCGUCUCGCACGCGAUGUUCAGCUUCCCCCCUACGCCCCCCAAGGACGCGACUCCCGAUCCCGACAGCGUCACCACGGCCUCCACCUCCAACGCCCUGUCGACGCCGACAUCAUCCGGUAACGAAUACUCCAACGUCAUCGUUCACGCCGCCUCCAUGGGAGUCUUUAUCCACCCCGACCAGACGUCGUCCUGUGAUAUCAAACCCAUGUUGAACUCCCAAUCGUCCAAGCAGCGCGAAGGUACAUCGACUUCAUCCUCCGGAACUACCUCUCCAGGUUAUCCUCCUGCUAGCCAGAGCUACCAACCCUACUCGCAGGAGUCCUACCCCCACUACCCGUCCUACUCCCAUGGCUCCUUUUACAAGCAGAACAGCCCCUCCGGUUCCAACAACUCCCUUGUAAAAUCCUACUCCCACGGCUCCUUCUACAAGCAGGGCUACUACCAGAACAGUCCCACCGGCUCCCUCUCCAACAAUUCCCUUGCUCUUGUCAAGUCCUCCUCCGCCGCUAGGAGUAAAUCUCGAACUAGCGCUGAGGGUCGAGAAUGUGUGAACUGUGGAGCCACAUCUACGCCACUGUGGAGGAGAGACGGUACCGGCCACUACCUCUGUAACGCCUGCGGCCUCUACUACAAGAUGAAUGGCCAGAACAGACCACUCAUCAAGCCGAAGAGGAGACUGUCGCUCCAGAGCGCCGCCCGACGCGCUGGCACCAGCUGCGCCAACUGCAAGACGACGACCACCACCCUCUGGCGACGCAACCAGAACGGCGAGCCCGUCUGCAACGCCUGUGGCCUGUACUACAAGCUGCACAACGUCAACAGGCCGUUGACGAUGAAGAAGGAAGGAAUCCAGACGAGAAACAGAAAGUUGUCAUCGAAGUCGAAGAAGAAGAAAGGCGGCAGUCUGCCAGGAUCCUGUCUCGCGUUGACCGGAGUCAUGGGCGACAUGAUGAAGCCGUUCCAGGGUGACUCCAUGGGGUCCAAGGGGGGAGGAUUCAGCUCACCUCACGCCUUCAACAGUCACCACGCCAUGAGUCACUACAUGUACCCCCAGAGUAACAUCUACCCCCAGGCACACUUCGGGUCUCCACCGCCUCCCGGCCCCACGGCGCCGCCCCCCGCCAUGCACCACCAUCACCACAUGUCCACCUUCACCGGCUUCGGGUUCCCCAGCACCUCCAACGGCAUGAGUUGGAGAACCGAGUACACCUGAUAGCCCUGCCAGAAGACUGUCACCGCCUCUUGCUGCACUCCUCCUCAAUCUAGUCCUAGUUUAAGAGAUAUUAUUUUGUGAGUGUCCGCUGUCCGUACUGCCACCGCCACCGCCGCCGCGCUGUAGACAGACGGUCUAGCCGGCUUAGACUAUACAGUAUCUGUGGUAUCUGUCAUCCUUGCCUUUAGCUAGAGUCCCGUUAUUUUUGUUAAUGUGUAAGAGUCGAACGAUACGGAUUAAUUUAUUUCUCCGACACGAGCUUUAAUGUACGGCGAAGAGGAAGUGUCGACGCCGAGCUGUUCGAGGCCACGCUUCCCCACUCUCGAGUCACGUGUGAUCACUGUACAUUACUCUGUACAUACUCCCCUCCCCCUCCCCCUCACACCACACCACUCUCCUCCUGUGCCACCCACAUAUUCGACCCUUCUUUUAUUUAUACAGUUUUGUAAAUAUGCCGUACUCGUGAUAGAUUUCGGUUUAGUACAAAUUUUAAUUAUUCAGGUCGGAAUCAAGACGGCUUUCUGAGACUGUUGUCUACUUGUAUAUAAGGUGUACAUUGACAUUUGUCCGUUAUUGAAUUGUACAGUGCGAUUUUUAUUUAUUGAAGCUUGUCUUGAUUUCGGCACCCCGCCGAGCCCCCAGCAGAGUUUACAUUAGGCUAUACACUUUUGUGUAAGGAGUGCAAUGUUUUUUUUUUAAAUUUUGUUAUGUUGUUGUACAAACGUGAAAUAUAAUUUAAAGUGUUAUUUAAUAAAGUUGUAAAAAAUAUUGUAAAUUAUUGAAUUUUUCUCAUUGCGUUUAUGUAUAAUGUCUUAGAAUUGGGUACUUACACUUAACUUCGCACUUUCUGAGCGUUAGCUGAGUCGAUUAUGGAUAUUGAAAUAGGAAAUUUGAAUUUUUUGGAACUGUUUAAAAAUAUUUGUAAAUAAAUAAUCAAAUUCAAAGUAAGAAUAGUUUUAAUUGAUCUUUGGAUACUGUAUAACAUAAAAAAUACCCAAUAUUUGAUGAAACUAAACACUAUUGUAAAAGAUUGGGGUUUUUUAAAAAUAUUUUAAUGUUUUUAUUAAGAUGUUAUGAUCAUUAUUAUAUUAUAAAAAUUACAAUAUUUUUAUUUUAUAAUGGUUAUAUUAUCUUUAUUCAAUUUAAUAAUGAAAAGUAAUUUUACUUUUAUGUAAUUGUUUAUUAAAGCAAUCAUCUGCAUGAUAAGCCCUUCUAUAUAAAUUGAUUAAUAUUUUUAAAAUUCGUUGUUAGAAAAAUUAAACAUGUGUAAUACUUAAAAAUAUUUAUAAGACCUUGACUUUGUUUACAGUGAUAACUAAUAUGGAGUUCAAUGUCCUAUACAGUUCAGUUCAUACACAUUUUUAAUUAUCUGCCAACAAUACAAUUUUGGAGUAAAAAUGAAGACAGAGAUUUUUUUUGAAAACCAAAUAACACUUUUUGAAAACGUGAUAAUCGCAAGAGCCGAAACAGCCACUGCUCAGAAAGUGCGAAGUUCGAGCGCUCAACUGGACCAACCCACCUGUAUCAUAUGUAUGUCAUGUGACAUCUAUUAUUUGUAUACAAUUACGUGUGCGUUGUCGUGUACCUAAUUUAAAUAAAACAAUUAAAUAUUAUAAAAUAUAA